GCAGUUGGUGCGCUCCUUGAGGCUGAUUAGGAACUCUCAGGCUGGCGCGGCUCCCCUCCUCGCACGUGCGGCCGCGGAUGGGGCGGGUCCUAGUUUUGCUCUGUAGGCCCCAGAGGCGGCGGCUCCUCGGCCGACGGGUCCGGCUCAUCUUCGUGCUGCUAUGGCGGCCCGUUAUGAUCGUGCGAUUACUGUCUUCUCCCCCGACGGGCACCUCUUUCAAGUGGAAUACGCGCAAGAGGCGGUAAAGAAGGGAUCGACGGCGGUUGGCAUUCGAGGCACUGAUAUAGUUGUGUUGGGAGUAGAAAAAAAAUCCGUUGCUAAGCUUCAAGAUGAAAGAACCGUAAAGAAGAUCUGUGCCCUUGAUGACCAUGUCUGCAUGGCUUUUGCAGGCCUAACUGCUGAUGCUAGAAUAGUAAUUAAUCGAGCCCGUGUGGAGUGCCAAAGUCAUAAACUGACCGUGGAGGAUCCAGUCACAGUAGAAUAUAUAACACGUUUCAUAGCAACAUUGAAGCAGAGAUACACACAAAGCAACGGAUGCAGACCUUUUGGCAUUUCUGCUUUAAUUGUGGGUUUUGAUGAUGAUGGGAUCCCAAGGUUAUACCAGACCGACCCAUCUGGUACUUACCAUGCUUGGAAGGCAAAUGCAAUAGGCCGUAGUGCUAAGACUGUUCGUGAAUUUCUGGAAAAAAAUUACACAGAAGAUACUAUAGCAACUGACAGCGAAGCCAUCAAAUUAGCAAUAAGAGCACUGCUAGAAGUUGUACAGUCUGGUGGAAAAAACAUUGAACUUGCUAUUAUAAGAAGAAACCAGCCAUUGAAGAUGUUUAGUGCCAAAGAAAUUGAAUCUCAGGUUGUGGAUAUAGAAAAGGAAAAGGAAGAAGCAGAGAAGAAAAAGUCAAAGAAGUUGAUCUAAUGCUGUGUUCUUGUACCACUUGAAAAAUUGAUACCAUUCAGCAAUUUACUAAAAUUUUAUGGAAAAUAAAUUACCUACUGUGUUUGCAUUGUUGA